AUGCCUUCAUCAAUAUCGGUAAAAUUGGUCGCUGCUGAGUCCCUAUAUAAGAGAGAUGUCUUUAGAUCUCCUGAUCCAUUCGCUGUCUUGACCAUUGAUGGUUACCAAACAAAAUCCACCGCUGCGGCAAAGAAAACUUUGAAUCCAUAUUGGAAUGAAACAUUUAAAUUCAAUGACAUUACUGAAAAUUCAAUAUUAACUAUCCAAGUGUUUGACCAAAAAAAAUUUAAGAAGAAAGAUCAAGGGUUCCUUGGUGUCGUUAACGUUCGUAUAGGGGAUGUGCUUGGUCAUUUAGAUGAAGAUACCACCUCCUCUAAUGGAUCCAGGGAAGAAACAAUUACUAGAGAAUUGAAAAGAUCAAAUGAUAGUACCGCCGUUAGUGGUAGAUUGAUUGUUGUUUUGUCUUCCACUACAACAAGUGCUGGAACUGCCACGACUCAAACAGCAGCCUCCUCCGCUACCGCCAAUAGUAACACAACAAAUAAUGCAUCGGCAAGUAACACAUCAACAACAAGAACCAGUGGUCAUACCACACCAUCAACAGUGACAAAUGCAUCUCGUCAAGAUAACUUAACAACUGGAAGCUCUACAACCAAUACGUCGGGAGCUCAUACACCCAGACCUACAGCCCAAGCUGUGGAAUCCACUCUACAAAGUGGAACCAAUGCAAACGCUGUAGCUAGCACCACUAACACAGCUGCAAACACCAGACAAUAUUCUUCCUUUGAGGAUCAAUAUGGUCGUUUGCCGCCUGGCUGGGAAAGAAGAACUGAUAAUUUCGGUAGGACUUAUUACGUAGACCACAACACAAGAACGACUACUUGGAAGCGUCCCACCUUGGAUCAGACCGAACAAGAGCGUGGGAAUCAAAUGAACGCGAACACAGAAUUGGAAAGAAGACAACAUAGAGGAAGAACGUUACCUGAUGGUUCUUCAAACAGUAUCUCUGAACCAUCUUCUACUUCAGGAGCUGUAUCUGUUCAAGUGGGUGGUUCUUCAACUACACCCGCUAUAAAUGGUACUGCUGCUGCCGCAUUCGCUGCCACUGGUGCUACUACCUCUGGAUUGGGAGAACUUCCAUCUGGUUGGGAACAACGUUUCACCCCUGAAGGAAGAGCUUAUUUUGUAGAUCAUAACACAAGAACCACUACAUGGGUAGAUCCAAGAAGACAGCAGUAUAUUAGAACAUAUGGUCCAACAAAUACUACAAUUCAACAACAGCCUGUAUCUCAAUUAGGUCCAUUACCAUCUGGUUGGGAAAUGAGAUUAACUAACACGGCUCGUGUAUAUUUCGUAGAUCAUAAUACCAAGACUACAACAUGGGAUGAUCCAAGAUUGCCAUCUUCAUUAGAUCAAAAUGUCCCACAAUAUAAACGUGAUUUCAGACGUAAAGUUAUUUAUUUCAGAUCUCAACCUGCCCUAAGAAUAUUACCUGGUCAAUGUCAUAUUAAAGUUCGUAGAAAGAAUAUCUUUGAAGAUGCUUAUCAAGAAAUAAUGAGACAAAGUCCUGAAGACUUAAAGAAGAGACUGAUGAUUAAAUUCGAUGGUGAAGAAGGUUUGGAUUAUGGUGGUGUCUCCAGAGAAUUCUUCUUCCUCUUGUCUCAUGAAAUGUUUAACCCAUUUUAUUGUUUAUUUGAAUAUUCCGCACAUGAUAACUAUACCAUUCAAAUUAACCCAAAUAGUGGUAUUAACCCUGAACAUUUGAACUAUUUCAAGUUUAUUGGAAGAGUUGUUGGGUUAGGUGUCUUCCAUAGAAGAUUCUUAGAUGCAUUCUUCGUUGGAGCUCUUUAUAAAAUGAUGCUAAGGAAAAAAGUUAUAUUACAAGAUAUGGAAGGUGUGGAUGCUGAUGUGUAUAAUUCUUUGAACUGGAUGUUGGAGAACAGUAUAGAUGGUGUAUUAGAUCUAACGUUUAGUGCUGAUGAUGAAAGAUUUGGUGAAGUUGUCACUGUCGAUUUGAAGGAAAAUGGUAGAGAUAUUGAAGUUACUGAUGAAAAUAAGAAAGAGUAUGUGGAAUUAUUUGCUCAAUGGAAGAUUGUUGAUAGAGUGCAAGAACAAUUUAGAGCUUUUAUGGAUGGUUUCAAUGAAUUAAUACCGGAAGAUUUAGUUACGGUGUUUGAUGAACGUGAACUGGAACUAUUGAUUGGUGGUAUUGCUGAAAUUGAUGUUGAAGAUUGGAAGAAGCAUACUGAUUACCGUGGUUAUCAAGAAUCUGAUGAAGUCGUUAAAUGGUUCUGGAAGUGUAUUAGUGAAUGGGAUAAUGAACAAAGAGCUCGUCUGUUACAAUUCACUACAGGUACGUCACGUAUUCCUGUAAAUGGUUUCAAAGAUUUACAAGGGUCAGAUGGACCAAGAAGAUUUACCAUUGAAAAGGCAGGUGAAGCUCAACAAUUACCGAAGUCACAUACUUGUUUCAACAGAGUUGAUUUACCGGUAUACGAAGAUUAUGAUAACUUAAAGCAAAAAUUGACUUUAGCUGUUGAAGAAACCAUCGGGUUUGGUCAAGAAUGA